GCCGCGGGACGACGGCCAAUGGGCUUCGUGCGGGCGGAAGGCGCGGCGGCCAUGGCGGCGGCGGGCUCACGGUGAGGACUUCGGGCUUCGGGCUUUGGGCUUUGCGGCCUAGGCGGCCUCAUGGAGCGGGUCCUCGAGGAGAUGCCCUCCUCAGAGAGGAUGGAGGAUGAAGAAGAGGAAGAUGACGAUGAUGACGACGAUGAGGAAGAGGAGGAGGAGGAGGAGGAGGAGGAGGAGGAGGAAGAGGAGUUGGAUCUCUUUGGGGGCUACGACAGCUUCCGAGGGUACACCAGUAGCCUGGGCAGUGAGAGCAGCUCCUGCCUGGAGGAGUCCAGCGACAAUGAGAACGAAUCGCAUGACCGGGAGGCUGGGGAGCUCCCCACCUCCCCCGUGCUGAUGCCCAGCCCCAACCCCCGUUCCCAGGAUGGCAGCGGUUCGGAGCCAGCGGUCUGUGAGAUGUGCGGCAUCGUGGGCACUCGGGAGGCCUUCUUCUCCAAAACCAAGCGCUUCUGCAGCGUCUCCUGCUCCCGGAGCUACUCGUCUAACUCCAAGAAAGCCAGUAUCUUGGCAAGGUUACAGGGGAAGCCUCCCACCAAGAAGGCCAAGGUCCUCCACAAGGCUGCUUGGUCGGCCAAGAUUGGCGCCUUCCUUCAUUCCCAGGGCACGGGGCAGCUCGCAGACGGGACCCCAACGGGGCAGGAUGCUCUGGUCCUGGGCUUCGACUGGGGGAAAUUCCUAAAGGAACACAAUUAUAAGGCAGCCCCUGUCAGCUGCUUCAAACACGUUCCGCUAUUUGAUCAGUGGGAUGAUGUGGUGAAGGGGAUGAAGGUGGAGGUCCUGAACAGUGAUGCCGUGCUCCCCAGCCGCGUCUACUGGAUCGCCUCGGUCAUCCAGACGGCAGGCUACCGGGUGCUCCUGCGCUACGAAGGCUUUGAGAACGACUCCAGCCAUGACUUCUGGUGUAACCUGGGCACGGUGGACGUGCACCCCAUUGGGUGGUGUGCCAUCAAUAGCAAGAUCUUGGUGCCCCCGCAGACCAUUCACGCCAAGUACACAGACUGGAGGGGUUACCUUAUGAAGCGGCUGGUGGGAGCCAGGACCCUCCCCGUGGAUUUCCACAUUAAGAUGGCAGAAAGCAUGAAAUACCCGUUCCGUCAGGGUAUGCGGGUGGAGGUGGUGGACAAGACUCACGUGUCCAGGACACGCAUGGCCGUGGUAGACACUGUGAUUGGAGGGCGGUUGCGACUGCUCUAUGAGGAUGGCGAUGGGGAUGACGACUUCUGGUGCCACAUGUGGAGUCCCCUCAUCCACCCUGUGGGCUGGUCCCGCCGUGUUGGCCACAGCAUCAAGAAACCAGAGAGGCGAGGGGAACUCAGCAGCCACCCGACCUUUCGGAAGAUCUACUGUGAUGCCGUUUCCUACCUCUUCAAGAAGGUGCGAGCUGUCUACACAGAAGGUGGCUGGUUUGAAGAGGGGAUGAAGCUAGAGGCCAUCGACCCGCUGAACCUGGGCAACAUCUGUGUGGCCACUGUCUGCAAGGUUCUGCUGGACGGUUACCUCAUGAUCUGUGUUGACGGCUCCACCUCUGUGGAUGGCUCAGACUGGUUCUGUUACCACGCUUCAUCACACGCCAUCUUCCCGGCCACUUUCUGUCAGAAGAACUCCAUUGAUCUCACGCCUCCAAAGGGGUAUGACGCAAAGACCUUUGACUGGACCGCCUACCUCGAAGAGACCAACUCAAAGGCUGCUCCUGCUCGACUCUUCAACAUGGACUGUCCCAACCACGGCUUCAAGGUGGGCAUGAAGCUGGAGGCUGUGGAUCUCAUGGAGCCGCGCCUCAUCUGUGUGGCCACGGUGAAGAGGGUGGUGCAGCGGCUGCUCAGCAUUCACUUUGACGGCUGGGACAGCGAGUAUGACCAGUGGGUGGACUGUGAGUCACCCGACAUCUAUGCCGUGGGCUGGUGCGAGCUGAUCGGCUACCAGCUCCAGCCCCCGGUGGCUGCAGGUCUGUCCCCUUGGCGCCGCCACACAGGCUUCUCUUCCAGGGUGGGCCGUGAGGAGUCCUCCACUCCCCAGCAGACCAAGGAAGUCAUGAGGAAGAAGAAGAAGCCAUUUGGGAAGAAGAGGAAAAGGAUCACACCCAAGGCCCGGCCAGCAGCCAAGAAAAGCCAGUACUGACCAAGCUGUUGUCGACGUGAGGCCACAGAAACUUGAGCUGAGCCCCCACCUCGUUGGCUGGUCCGCUGGGGCAGGAUGUCGGUCCAGUUGUGUCCCGCUGGUGCAAUGAGUCAGAACCUGGCAUCUGAUUGUGAAGCUCAUGGCUACUGGCCUUUCCUCAGUCAGGGCUGCCGGGGCCUUCUCUGGCCUCGUCCUCCGUGAGCAGAGGGGCUCGGCCAAAGCCGGGAGCGGAGGGUGAGCAGACCACAGCAGCCCUCCCUGCAGGAAUCCUCGGGACACCCCCUCCCCACCCUGCCCCUGUCAGUCACCGCAGAGCUCAGAGGCGACAUGACGGGUCCAGACACCCUGCAGGGAAGCCAGCAUCUCCCCAGCUCUUGGCCCCUCCCCUCGGUGUAAACCAGCCUGACCCUGGAUCAGAAAGGAGGCGGCUGGCCUGCGCUCACUCUUUCCCCUCUAGACAGUUUUUCAGAAAGGAGAGAAGGCCUCUUUUCCCUUAAAAAGUCAUUCUCUUUGCCCAGGCCCUGCCCUGCUGGGUAGGAGAACUGACCAGUGCCCAGCUCCCUUUUGUCCUUGCACCUUCUUUCCUCCUUCCAGCCUCAGGCAGGAGUCUCUGAUUCUCGGUUCCUGUAUGGGAGGCCCCUGUCCAGCAGGCAGCCUGGGCCCCCAUCCCACCUGGCCUCUCAGUGAGGAGCCGGGUGUAGCUGCCUUUUCUUGGGUCCCAGCCUUUCCACAAGGAGAAGAGGGAUGGUGGCAUGCGAAGGUGUCUCAGGGUUUGCUUUGUGGGAGGAUGGGGCAGAACCUCCUCUUGGCUGGCACAGCGUGGGCAUCGGGCGAAGGACCUUCAGAGUCCAAGGCCCAGGGCAGACGUGAUAGUUGUGGAGUUAAUCCUGCGGAGGGAAGGACGGCGCUGGGUUCAGAUUGCGGCUGUGUAAGGCACAACCCAGUGUAAGGCAGAACUGUCUCCAAGUGGCAUGAGUAGAAAGUAGCUCCACACAGGCUGGAACAUCACAGAGAAUUCCCCUCCGCGUGAUUUGCCUUUUUUCCCACAUUCUCCCCACAAACAACCCUGUGAGGCAGGUGCUGGGUGUCUUCCCAUUUUAUGGGUGCAUAAGGCACAGUCCAGACAGGGACAGCAACACACAGCAAGUGUGGGGGCCUUGGUUUGAAGCCCAGAGUUGCCACAGCUGGACAAGCCUCGGCAGGGGCUGCUGUUCAGAGCCCUUGGGCGUUGGGCACGUGCAGCUCAGGCUGCAGGAGUCCUGGGAGGCCGCGUCCCUCAGACAGCGCUUACCUUGAGCCGCCACAAAGAUGCAUGCAUAUGUUGGGCAUGAAGAUAAUUGGUACUUCACUGGUUCCAGCUGACCCUUGGAGACCCCUUGGGAGGACCCGCUGCCCCUGAAUGGCCAGGGCCUCUCCGGACCUGGCUGACCCUUCGAGGGCUCUGCAGGAGUAGAGCUGAACACCAGUUCCUCCAGAGGGCCAGUCCUGCGUCCACUUGCUGGUAGGCCCCAGGCCCCUGCGUGAAGGCUUUCUGGUCCCGCAUUCCUGAGAGAUAGCCACCCUAGGGACCAGCGGCUGCAGGCAUAGAUACCCAGGAAUUCUAAAUAGAACCCACAAGGGCACCUAGUUGAGCAUCAUGAGAAGGGACCAUCUGCCCACAGCCACAUGCUAGGGAUGAAACAGAAGCCUGCCUCCAGGUGGUACAAAGAGGUGGGAGCCCCCAAGUUCAGGCUCAGACCUUGUGAUCUGAGAGGGGGCUAAGGCUCCAGCAGUGGGGAACAACUGGCCCUGAGGCGGCCGCAGGGACUGAGCCCCAAAGUGCUACCCUCCCACUGGGCUCCCAGCCAUUAUACUUUCUUCAGCCUCUCUCCCUAACAAGAUCAGACUGAUGUAGAAUCCUCUGGAUGUAAGACUUCGGGAAUCUUUGCAGCAAACCCUCACAAUUGUCGACCUAACUCCAACCUCAUGGCCUUUCCCCAUCACUCACGUGAACUUGAAUUCAGCCCUUGACAUUUGUCUCUAUUUGGUUUUAUCUUGUUAGUGGCAUCCUGGAAUCUGGAUCUCUUGGGAUCCCAAGCAUUUCUCAUCCAACCUGGUAGCAUCUAUUAAUCUUGAAUGAAUUGUAAAUUUGAUUAAAAACGAAAUAAUUUUUUUAAGAGGAUGGAAUUGUUAA